AUGCCUGUACACACGGGAUUUAAGUUCCGCGACGCUGUGCAAUGCAGUAUCAGCCCACCCCCCGUCGUGCGAAACGGCGGCGUUGUUAAUUCUGUCACGAGCCGCGCCACUGGCGGCGCCCAGCCCAGACAGCGCGCCUCGCCAGGAAGGGGCCUCCGCCAGACAGCCGUGGAUUUGGCGGUGAGAAUGUGCGGGCAGGCUGGGGCGAGGGGCCCCUUAAUAACAGCUGCUGCUGCCGCCGCCGCCGCCGCCGCCGCCGCCGCCGCCGCCGCCCCCACUCGCGUGCGCGGCCCGCGGGACCGCCCCUUCACACCGGCCGACUUAAUAAAGGCUCCGCUCCCCUGCCCGCCUCGGCUGGGCGGCGAGAAAAACCUCUCCGGGCCAGAGCCACUCGAGUCACGCCUCUCUCCACUCCUCUCCUCUCCUGGAAGGCAGGCAGGCUGGCUGGCUGGCUGGCUGGCGGUCUGCCCACAACACCUGCCCGCUGGCCAGUGCCCGCUACCAGGGUCCAGGAAGCGCCGGCCGGCGUGGAAGUCUUCACCUUGGAGGUGGCGGCUUUCGCCGCAGACGCGUGGUUUAGUGAGGACUGGAGUAGAGCGGCCGGCUCGCGUCCCAGAUAAGCCCCGCCUGGGGCCGUACGCGGCACGCACCGGCUGGCCCGCAUGCGUGCCCGGCACGCGUUACGCAAGGCCGCUUACGCUGCAGGUGGCGCUGCCGCCGCCACGCACUCCGGCGCAGCGCGGAAGGCGGCGGCCCGCAGUAAAAGUGGUGAGCCGUCCCGUCCGGUCGCCGCAAAAACAGUGUCCGCCGCCGCAGCUUUCACUGCCUCCCCCCAACAAAGACCGUCUCGUCCCUUAG